ACACACAACCAGGAAGUAAACAAACGGCCUCACUCGUGGGAUCACCUGUGGCACCGCGAUCGGAUUAAGUAUAAAUAUGUGAUUUAUAUGACAUAACUUACAGCUUCAUAUUCAAGCAGAGUGACACUUGUUGUCUUGAGCACGAACGCUAAUAGGCCUAAGAGAAUUGAAAGGACAUUGCAUAAAAACAAAGUUUGACAAGCCAGCAGUGACGUCUUUGACCUAGCUAAUCUAAAGAAUAUAUUUGUAUGUAGACUGUUUGUGCACAGCAUGUGUGACCUUUAUUCUUGCAAACAUGAACAAGAAUUAAAACGAGUGAAGAAGGAAUGUGAUGGUUUGUAUGAAGAUUUGAAGAAAGUCAAGACAGCAUGUUGUACUGUAGCCCUUCAUCCAUCAGAGGUGGGACAGAGUGCUAGCUUUGAACAGACAAAGAGGAAAGGUGAAUUCAAAUUAUCAGAAGAAUACUUGGUUGUAAAAAAGGAAUUGGAAAAAUUAACAAUAGAGAAGGAACAGUUGAAGGCUGAAAAUGCUUUAUUGAAAAAAGAAGCAACAGCAAACAAGGUGUGCAUAUCACAAGAACUGUUGGAAGCAAACAAAAGAGCCCAAAAAGAAAUUGAUAGGUUGAUCACUGAAAAUGCCUAUCUGAAACUGAACUCUGACAAAAACAUGGAGAUUCUUAUUGACCACUGGAAACAAAAAUGUGAGAACAUGGAGAAAGAGAACAUCAAGUUGAAACAAAAACUUGUCAUUUUGGAAAGGGAGGCAGAAAUAUAUCAGUCAGUGGGUCGGCUCAGUGGCAUGAAUGAGCAGCAAGUUGAGCAAAUGGAAAUGUGCAAAGUCAGCCGUUUCAGAGCCAGGCCAAUUAGCCAGGAAGCCCCAGUUAAAGAGUGUUCCCGCUGUCACCAGUUUUUCAUAGCUGAAGAACAAAAUGCAGGACAUUUACUGUGUGAGUAUCAUGAGUUUCCACCCGUAGAUUUUCCCAUGUGGAGUCGUUUGCUUCCUGGUGAGGUUGUGGAGGCUCUAGUUGUUGCUGGUUGUAUGGGUUUUAAAUAUUGGAUUUGCUGCGAUCAGUUGCAGAAAAGGAGACCACAAGGUUGUAAAUAUGGUCCACACAAAUUCCACUAAGCUGCAAAAUUAUAAUAAUGACUAGCACCAUUGUUAUGCUUCUUUUUAAAAGGAAUGUUGAAAUAUUGUGCUUCAUGUUAUGUGCAUAAUACCACUGCAUAAUGCAGUUACCCAUACAAGUAUGUCUUGUCUUAAGAGAAGCUGAAAGUAAUAAUAUGUUACUUGUUGAAAGGUGAAUUCUGAAUACUUAUACAAAAUGCCUGCAUUUGUUCAUAUUCCAGUACUCAUACUUGGUAUGUUAGUCAUAAGAAUUAAAAUCAAAUCAUUUGUGUAUAGUACUUGUAUACAUCAAAUGCUUGUCAGUGUCGACGCUCCGCUGCUACAGUAUAUAAGGGCUUUCCUUUGCAAUGCAAUAUCAAUGCAAUUUUGUUUGUUUGUUUGUUUGUUUUUUGUAUUAUUUUCACCAUUUAAAUGUCACUGUCAAGAUUCAAAUCCAGGUUGUCUGGCAUUUUUUUAAGAUUCAAGACUAUAAAGAUUGGCUUUGUAUCUCAACUGUCACAUAUAUAGGCCAACACUGAGUGUCAAAACUUGAGCAACAAACUAUUAAAGAUAAGAACAAUGUUGUGUUGAAUCAGAGUCAGAGUGAACUAAAUUAUAUAACUUGUAGUACUUUCAAACUUAAUUCCAUAUACACCUUUGAACUUUAAAGGCCUACACAGGCUACAGUGCCAAACCACCAAUUUCAAAUGGGGGUGGAGGGUUUCUGAAAACAUAGACUUUUUAACCCACCAGUUCACCCAACUUGAGGGCAAAUUUUGAUACAGAUCAGACCUUUUCCAUCCAAAAGGGCAGUUCUUUGGAACCUGUUAACCAAGUGUCUGCUGUGCUGCAUCCCUGUUAUUAGAUACCAUGACUGUUGCACACUGUGGCAUGUUUUUGUUGGGCUAACCAAAGAGAUAUCUUUGAGCUUACGAACAAACCAGUUUUGACCUCUCAAAUUCUACAUUUCAGUCAAACAUUUCAGUUGCUCAUUAUUAACACUUGUUAUUCUUCACUGUUAAAGUAUUGCAGAAGAUUGUGCAAUUUAUUAGUUGCCUUGCAAAAACUCUUUGUCAAGUCAUAUACUUUAUCAAUUGGUGAAGAUCAGUAGAGUAUUAGUGAGUAUAAACAUUUUCACUUUUUCUUUUUUUUUGUGUGUUGCAAUUAUUGCAUUGGUGGUGGUUAUUAUAAGGACCUAGAUUGCUUUUUUUUUUACUAAUGACUAUGUUUAAUCUUACGGUUUUUAUAUGAAUUAAUGCAUUGUUUAUCUUUCAAUCAUUAUUUUGUAAGUAUAAUGACUUUCAAAAAGAAUAGAUAUGGGUAUUUCUUAUGAUUGAAUAUUUUCAAAACUGAUAUAUCAAAUAUGUGGAAAUGUCUGGACUCUGGUCUUAAGUUAGCAAGACGGGCAAUUGAAAUGAAAUAAAUAUGUGCUUUUGGCAAGAUUUUUACAUGCAUUUUUUGCAUUUUGUUUUAUUUUAUAAGUUUCAUUUUUUUAGAGAAAAAGAGGAAUUAAAUAGAAUGAGUGGCCACUUUACAUUUUUUAAUGUAUCGAGGUCUUUUUCUGUCGCAGAGCAAGGUGAUUGGUAGCAAGGGGUUAGGAAAUUGCACCCAAGCUACUAUGAUUAUAUUUUUCCCAUUUUCUUUAUUAUUUUUAUCAUUUCAUAUUCCAUGGAGAUACCUGCUGUCUGAAACCCUGAUAUAGUGUAAAAUUCAAUGAGAGGAACAUUGAAUACCCAAUGUACAUUACCCAAGUUAUGACUCUGUUACAAACUGAUAAUCAAAUGAAAACUAUAUUUUCUAAGAAUAAAUAAAAAAAAA